AUGACUACCACUAUAACUGUUUUUAAUUCUGAGCCUCGAUCCACGCAGCGACCUCAACUCAGCUCCGGGGACAGUGGGGAGCAAUCUGGGGAACCCGACUUCUCCGCAUCGGCGUCCCAGUCCUACCCGAACCCCCAGCACACGCCCCGCGCGGAUUCGCGGCGCGGGGACCCCCGGAGGGCCAGCGUCACACUCCAGCUUCCCCAGCAGCUCGAACGACGCACCGCACCCACCGGAAGUACUUCCCUGAGCGGAAGCUUCUCUGCGCGAUAUAGCGGAAGUGUCUUCUCUUCCGGCCUCUUUGGUCUCGGCGGCAGAAGCAAGAUGACGAAGGGGACGUCAUCGUUCGGCAAGCGCCGCAACAAGACGCACACGCUGUGCCGCCGCUGCGGCUCGAAGGCCUACCACCUGCAGAAGUCCACCUGCGGCAAGUGCGGCUACCCCGCCAAGCGCAAGAGGAAGUAUAACUGGAGUGCCAAGGCUAAACGACGAAACACUACCGGGACCGGUCGCAUGAGGCACCUGAAAAUUGUGUACCGCAGAUUCAGGCAUGGAUUCCGUGAAGGAACAACACCUAAACCCAAGAGGGCAGCUGUUGCCGCAUCCAGUUCAUCUUAAGGAUUUGGAUGAUUAGUCGCGCAAUAAAUCUCGGUUUUAAAAAAUA